AUACUUUUUCCUUUUUUUUCCCCUAAUGACGAUGGCGCCGAUUGUAAAUCCCGACUUGAAACUCCUCGAUUUGUUUUGUUUGGCCAUUUUCUGGGAGUUUACGGCCUUCCAUGCUUCACAAAUGGGAGCGGAAUUGAAACCACUGUCGCACUGACGCCCAACAACGCUGAUCCACGGCCUUUGGCAGUUCCCCCGACUCUCCCAUCCAUUCCAUCACUGAAAAUCACAUUUCUUGAAUACAUACAGGUAUGUAUAAUAGGGGUGGAAACAGAUGGCAAAAGCGAUUGACUAAAUUCCGGAGCAUUCAGUUGCCCUUAUUGAUUACUGUUAUGGCUCUAAUGUUCGUAAUAGCUAUUCUCGGAAUCGAUAAAAAGAAACCCACUUCUCAAUCGGCCGUAACAAAUCAAAAAAGGAGUAAUUUAGAUGGAUCCAGGGUUCAAUUUGAUCCAACUGUAGAAUUCUUGAAUAAUACCGAAGUGAUUUGGAAAAUACCCAAUUCCCCAAAAUCGGUUCUGUUUUUGGCUCAUGGGUGUAACGGUAGGGCUUCUAAUUUUUGGGAUAAAUCUCCAAACUGUAAUCAUUGUGUUGGUUUGCCAGAGGAAAGGCUUAUUGUUCUUGAAGCUCUUGCUCGAAAGUUUGCUGUUCUUACAGUUUCAAGUAAAGGCAAAUGCUGGUCAUUAAUGAAGGAACCAUUAGUUGUUAAAAGAAUCAUCAAAUGGUGGGUUGAAAAACAAAAUCUUGAAAACUUGCCUCUUGUAGCUUUAGGGGCAUCAUCAGGUGGCUAUUUUGUUUCAAUGCUAGCAACCAAGAUGAAGUUUAGUAGUAUUGCACUUAUGAUUGCAGAAGGGGUAUAUGAUCGAAUUGAUAUUACAAACCACUACCCACCUACCAUUUUUGUCCACAUGCCUAAAGAUAAUGCUAGGAAGAAGAUGAUUGAAGUUAAUCUUGAAGUUUUAAGGAGGGAAGGGGUAGAUGUUGCUGAAAUUGAGUGUAUGGAGUUGCCAUUAACAUCAUCUUUUCUUGCUGAUAGAGUCCCUGGGCUAGACUUAAAGAUUUCUGUAGAGCUGUUUGAUCUGUUUAAGGAGAAGGGAUUUGUUAAUAAAGAUGGUUACUUGAUAAAUGAUGGCCGAGUAAUACCUUGGAAAGAAGCCAUGAGUAAGAGCAAGAUCCGUUUGCCUAAUGAGCCUUUGGUGAAUUACAUUCAGGAAGAAUUGAAUCUUGCAUUUGCAUAUCAUGAAAUGACUAGCUUGAAGUCUGAGCAAAUCUUUGAUUGGUUUGAAGCUCAUUUGAGAUGAUCAUUAUUAACCUUUUAGGGAAGAUUGUUGUAUGUGAAACCUUGACAAGUUGUGAAAUUCUAAUCACAUUUCAUGUUAUGCCACUUUUCACGUUUUCUCA